CUGACAGCGAGGAAAGAGGCAAGAGAGCAUGUGAGGGAAAGGAGCCGGACCUGGGAAAGGCGGGGGGAAGUUUUGUUAGUCCCCUGAUCCGCAGGGAAGCCGCUGUGGUGCGUGUGUGUGCGGGAGGAAGGCGCGGAGCUGCGGCAGGAGGAUGCCUGCACCUCUGUGGAUGGAGUGAAGGAUCACCCUGCCUGCUUCGGGAAGAGCCCUGCGAGGUGAGAUUCUCCUGCCAGAAGAGCACCCCUCCUCUCCUUCUCUUUCUCCUUGCCAAGGGCUGGAUUUCGAAGUGCCUGGGGAAGGGGAUGGCAGCUCCGGAGCAGCUCAGCCCUCAUGGGGCUGCUGUGCUGGGCACAACCCAGGUCUGGUGAGCCCCCAGGUCCGCCAGCUUUGCCAGGAAGCAAAUCCCAGGAGGAAAAGUCACUUCAGUGCAUUUCACUGCGAGCAAACGAGCAUGAGAAGCCGGGCUUGGACUGGGGAAAAAUCCAGCUGCAACCUGCACUGCAAUUUCCAAUGGAGUGAAGAAAGUCGCUGAGCGGAACCCGAGGGGGAGGAAGCAUCCAGGAGCGAGACGAGGACUCCCCUGUGCUCCCGUAGCUUUGUCCUCUGCCAGGACAGGCACUGGCACUUCGGCAGCAGGAGCCUGUGGGGAGGAGGCUGCGGGAUUGCCGGGAUAACCGCUGGAAGCACCUGGAGGGAGAGGAGCGGCUGCCAUGGAGUUUCCUGCCGUGGCACUGUCACUCCUCGUGGCGCUGCGAAUGUCUCCGCUGGCUGCUGGCAGCAAACUGCAGCCCCACAUGCCGAACGUGUGCGCGGAGCAGGAGCUGGGCGUGGUGGCGCUGCGGCAGCCGUGCGUGCGGGCGCUGAGCCGCGCCGCGCGGGUGUGGAAGCAGGACUGCGGGGGCCGCCGCUGGUGCGCGGGCUACGAGCCCAGGGUUGUGUAUUACACAGGCUACAGGCAGGUGUACCAGCUGAGGUCCCAGACCACCUACAGGUGCUGCCCAGGAUGGUCCCAGCUUGCAGGGGAUGCAGGCUGCCUGCACAAUGUUGAUGAGUGCCAGGUGCACAACGGGGGCUGCCAGCACCGCUGUGUGAACACCCUGGGCUCCUUCUACUGCGAGUGCCAGCCCGGCUUCCGCCUGCACACGGACGGCAGGACCUGCCUCGCUCUGAACUCGUGUGCCCUGAACAACGGUGGCUGCGAGCACGACUGUGUGCAGGUGACCCUGGCCCAGCACCGCUGCCAGUGCAGGCACAACCACCAGCUGCACGAGGAUGGCAAACGCUGCAUCCUGAGGAACCCGUGCUCGGACAGGAACGGGGGCUGCAUGCACCGCUGCCACAGCCACCGCGGCCGCGCCCGCUGCGAGUGCCACCCCGGCUACCUGCUGGCCCCUGAUGGCAAGGCCUGCCAAGAUGUGAACGAGUGCCUGAAAGGGCUGGCCAUGUGUGCACACCAGUGCCUCAACACCCGGGGCUCCUUCAAGUGCACCUGUAACCCGGGCUACGAGCUGGGGGCGGAUGGCAAGCGCUGCUACCGGAUAGAGAUGGAGAUUGUGAACAGCUGUGAAACCAACAAUGGGGGCUGUUCCCACGUGUGCCACCACACCAGCUCUGGCCCAGUCUGCACCUGUAACUUUGGCUUUAGGCUGGAAGAGGACCAGAAGUCGUGCACUGAUAUCAACGAGUGUGACACGGGCUCUCACUGCUGUCAGCAAGACUGUUACAAUUACCCUGGGGGCUACGAGUGCUCCUGCCACGCCGGGUACAGGCUCAGCACGGAUGGCUGUGGCUGUGAUGAUGUGGAUGAGUGCUCUGCAAACAACGGUGGGUGUGAACACACAUGCCAGAACCUGCCAGGCUCCUUCCAGUGUGGCUGUGACAUUGGGCACAAGCUGGAUGAAGACAGAAGGAGCUGCAUCUCCCUCGAGGACACGGUGGAGGCCCUGGAUGGCCGGCGCCCCGUCAUCCGCCCCAUCCCUCACGUGGCCAUCCUGCGGGAUGAGUUCACCCAGCUCUUCAGCGACGACUACGAGGAAGAGGAGGAGGAGCUGGAGGCACGGGGGGAGCACACGCUGUCAGAGAAAUUCGUCUGCCUGGAGCACACGUUUGGCCCCGAGUGCAGCCUGACCUGUGACGACUGCCAGAACGGAGCCACGUGCGGCGCCGAGGGCAGCGGCUGCCUCUGCCCCGCCGGCUGGGCUGGCCUGCUCUGCAACCAGACUUGCCCAGCCGGCACCUUCGGCAUCAACUGCAGCCAGAGCUGCCGGUGCCAGAACGGUGGCACCUGUGACCCUGCCAGCGGCGCCUGCCGCUGCCCGCCCGGUGUGGCUGGAGAGCUCUGCCAGGAUGGGUGCCCCAAGGGAUUUUUCGGGAAGCACUGCAGGAAGAAGUGCAACUGUGCCAACCGGGGUCACUGCCACCGGAUUUACGGCGCCUGUCUCUGCGAUCCCGGCUUGUACGGCCGGUUCUGCCACCUGGCGUGCCCCAAGUGGGCGUUUGGGGCCGGCUGCUCGGAGGAGUGCCAGUGCCUGCAGCGCAACUCGCGGGACUGCGACGCCAGGGACGGCUCCUGCCGCUGCAAGCCCGGCUACCGCGGCCAGCGCUGCCAGGACAGCUGUGACCCUGGGUAUUACGGGGAUGGCUGCAAGAAGAAGUGCAGCUGCUCUCCAGGAGUGCCCUGUGACCCUGUCACCGGGGAGUGCCACAAGGAGUGUCCCCCAGGCUACCACGGCGAGCACUGCGACCAAGAGUGCCCUGAGGGGACAUUUGGGCCGGGCUGUCAGCAUCCCUGUGCCUGUGGAGAAGCGUCCUGUGACAGGAGCACAGGGCAGUGCCACUGCCCACCUGGCUGGACAGGACACGACUGUGCCCAAGCCUGCCCUGAGGGUCUCUGGGGGCCGGGCUGCCAGGAGAUCUGCCCUGACUGUGCCAACAACGCCAGCUGUGACCGCGCCACCGGAGCCUGUCUGUGCCCACCUGGCUACACCGGGCAGCGCUGCCAGGAUGUGUGUCCACCCGGCUGGUUCGGCCCCGCCUGCCAGCUGAGCUGCAGCUGUGGCAACGAGGGACAUUGCCACCCGGUGACGGGGACGUGCAGCUGCCCGCCCGGCUGGACGGGGCACCACUGCCAGCGAGCCUGUGACCUGGGGCGUUGGGGCCCUGACUGUGCCCACGCCUGCAACUGCAGCAACGGCGACGGCAGCUGCAGCGCCGAGAGCGGGCAGUGCCUGUGCGAGGCCGGCUACACGGGCACCCACUGUGAGCAGAAGUGCCCAGAAGGGUGGUUUGGGCAGAGCUGUCGGCACCAGUGCCAGUGUGACAAUGGAGCCACCUGUGACCACGUCAGUGGGGCCUGUACCUGCAGCCCAGGCUGGCGAGGAACCUUCUGUGAGCACCCCUGCCCUGAUGGAUUUUAUGGACUGGAGUGUCGACAAGCCUGUGACUGCCUGAAUGGUGCCCACUGUGACCCUGUGACAGGACAGUGCCAGUGUCCCCCGGGCUGGACUGGUGCCCGCUGUGCCCAGGCGUGCCCGGAGAACAGGUACGGCCAGAACUGCAGCCACACCUGCCACUGCUUCAACAAUGCCACCUGCAGCCACAUCAGCGGCCUCUGCCUCUGCUCCGAGGGGUGGACGGGACCCUCGUGCCAGCAAGCCUGCCCGGAGGGGUUUUAUGGGAAGAACUGCCAGCAGCGCUGCCUCUGCCACAACGGCGGCACCUGCGACCCGGCCACGGGGACCUGCGCGUGUCCUGCGGGCUGGACAGGGCUGGCCUGCGAGCUGGCCUGUGCCCAGGGGCAGCACGGCCUGGAGUGCCAGCAGCGCUGUGAGUGCCAGCACGGGGGGCUCUGUGACCGCCGCACCGGGCACUGCCUCUGCCAGCCUGGCUGGACCGGCGACAAGUGUGACACAGCUUGUCCAGAGGGGCUGUUUGGGGCACGCUGUGAGGAGCUCUGUGACUGUGGGGACAACGUCUCGUGCCACCACGUCACCGGUGCUUGUGACUGCCCCCCUGGCUGGAGGGGCCGGCGCUGUGAGAAGGCCUGCCUGCCAGGUUUCUUUGGGAAGAACUGUGCCAGUCGCUGUGGCUGUCCCCUGGGAGUGCCCUGUCACCAUGUCACCGGCCAGUGUGGCUGCCCGCCAGGACUGACCGGCGCUGGAUGUGAAAAAUCCUGCCUGCCAGGGACCUUUGGGGAGGGCUGUGCUCAGAUCUGCCAGUGCGCCGGAGCCACCCAGGAAUGUCACCCUGUCACCGGGGCCUGUGUCUGUCCCCCUGGCUUCCACGGUCCUGCCUGCCAGCUGGAGUGCUCCCCAGGCUGGUACGGCCGGGACUGUGUGAGGCCCUGCCAGUGCAGGAACGGGGGCAGCUGUGACACUGCCACGGGGAUGUGCCACUGCCCGGCCGGCUUCAUCGGCGCCGACUGCGCCAUCGGAUGUCCUGCUGGCCGCUACGGCCAGGACUGUGCAGGGCUGUGCCCCUGUGGGGCCGGUGUUCCCUGUCACCCUGUCACUGGAGACUGCGUGUGCCCUCCGGGCAGAGCUGGCCCCACGUGCGAGCAAGGUUGUGAGAAGCACCGCUACGGGCUGGGCUGCCAGCAGCCCUGCUCCUGCCACAACGGGGGGCUCUGCGACCCCGCCGAUGGCUCCUGCUCCUGUGCCCCAGGCUGGACGGGCAAAUCCUGCGAAUUAGAAUGCCCUCCGGGGAGCUUCGGUGCCGCCUGCCAGCUGCGCUGCUCCUGCCUGCACAAUGCCACCUGCCACCCGGCCACCGGCGCCUGCCGCUGCCCCGCGGGCCACUACGGGCCCCUGUGCGAGCACAGCUGUCCCCCGGGGUUCCAUGGAGAGGGCUGUCGGGAGCGCUGUGACUGCGAGCACGGGGCGGGCUGUGACCCCGCCACCGGGCGCUGCCGCUGUCCCCCAGGGCUGUGGGGCGAGCGCUGUCACACAGGCUGCAAGGAAGGAACAUACGGCGAGGGGUGCCAGCAUCUCUGUGACUGCCCCAGUGAUGUCCCCUGUGACCCGGUCACGGGGCGCUGCCUGUGCCCCCCAGGAAAAACCGGCCCCAUGUGUGCUGCAGACUGCCGUCCCACGCGGUUCGGCCCCGAGUGCCGCCUGGCAUGCCAGUGUGCCCCCAGCAGCUCCUACUGCAACGCCCGGAACGGGCAGUGCCUGUGCCUGAACGGCCACACGGGACCCACCUGCCGGGAAGCCAUGCAGUCCCUGCCACCCACCAGGCCACCACCACCCCCAGAGGGGCUCCAGCCAGCGGAGAAGUAGAUCCUGCUGUGGGAGCACUCCCUUGGUGUCACCAAGCAGCCACCUGAAGAAGCCAAUGACCUGUAAUGAACUCAUUUUGGAGCCACAUGAGCAGCUCUCGUCUCCUGACAGCCCCAGCUGCUGCUUUUGGGGUGUGUGAGUGAGGCUGAAGCGCCCAGUUUAACCAGUUCACUGUGCCAGCACAGGCUGGCCACGAGGACACGUGUGCCCACACCCGAGACCUGCGUGCCUUUGGCCAGAGACCACAUGAGCACUUCAGGAGGGAUCAGUUCUGGUCAGGGGACAGUGGACUUUGACAGCUUGUGACACAUUGCUGGCCUUCAACUUUUGGGUGCUGGGCUUGGGGAGAGGGCUGAAAUCGUGGUCCAAAUCAGGUAUUUAUGCAUCAAUAUUUAUGGGAAGCUGCACCACAGUGUUGUCAGGACUGAUGGUGGCUCUCCAGAGACUGGGCCUCCUGUGGAUGCACCACCUCACUUGAAUUAUUUUUUUUUAAAUUUGAAUUUUCCAAGGUGUUUUACUGUAAGUGACCAUUUGCCAGGGGAAAACACGCAGGGCUCCAGCGCUCACCUGCAGAGCUGGUGCCUCCUGACAGAACAGGCUGUGCUGGACAAGCUUGUCAGGGGCCUGGAGCCUGUUCUUCAUGCCAGGACUUUGUGAGUCCACGGACAGGAAUUUGUCAGCCUGUGGUGCUGCCCAUGUCACUUACUUCAAGAAGAAGGAAGCAUAAUUCGAGUGUGGAAGUCAGAGAUUCUGCGUGGAUGGAGACAAAGAGCUGGCUCAUCUGGUCAAGGCAAAUCCCCAUUGGAGUGGCCUCUCCCAGCCCUGAAUCCUGAGUUAUUUUGCCAUGCCAGUCGUUGCCAGGAGCUGGCCACCUGCAGCAGCGGGGAAUGUCACCACUCCAGUGUCACCACAUCACCCUGGUCAGGGCCCAGGUCCCCCUUUGUCUGUUUGCACAAAGCUCCUGGGCAGGUGAAGCCACUGCCAGAGGAACACCAGCUCUGCAGAGAAGAGGGACAGCCCUGUCCCAAUCCCA